CAGUCUCGCGCUCGGUGUUUAUCCCGCUUCAAAGUGGAUUAAUUUUAAUAUUUCCUCAACAACGUGAAGACUAUAAUCAUUCCUUUCGUAGUAGAUAUGUUUAGAUAGCAAUUUGCUGGUGAAAAAGCGUUCGGAAUGUUUGUUCUAGCGGAGCUAAAGGAUACAAUCCGAAUUGCACCGGAGCAAUUCCACCUGAAGCUGUCGGAAGCAGUCCGGGAUGAAAUCAAUAGAAAAUUAGCAAAUAAGGUACUUUUAAACGUCGGUCUGUGUAUUGCCCUGAAAGAUAUUGUCAAGCUUGGUGAUUCCAUCAUAUUGCCGGGAGAUGGGGCGUCGCACACUGAAGUGAUUUUUCGGUAUAUUGUAUUCCGUCCAACAGUCGGUGACGUCAUAACCGGUAAAAUACGGAGUUGCAGUCGUGAAGGAGUGCAUAUUACGUUAGGCUUUUUUGAUGACAUCCUUAUACCACCGACUGCAUUGCAACAUCCUUCGCGGUUUGAGGAAGCGGAACAGGCCUGGGUGUGGGAGUAUCCCUUGGAGAAUGGCGAAGGGCACGACCUUUUCAUGGAUAUAGGUGAACCCAUCAAAUUUCGUGUAUCGAGAGAAAUAUUCGAAGAAAGUUCGCCUAUUGGUCCUCCGGAUCAAGCUGAAAGCGCAUCGACUUCCGCAUCCCAAACAACAGCAGACGUAAAGACACCCUACAGGAUAAUAGCUGCAAUAAACGAAUCUGGUCUGGGCGUCCUUUCCUGGUGGGAAUCGCACGGUCAAGAGGAGAAUGGCGAAGAUGAUGGAAAUGAAGAAGACGUCGAAGAAGUGGAAAUGGACACUGAAACUGUGUAAUUUCAAUUUACUUGAAACUUUUUGUAUAUAAAUAAUGUUAUUGGAAUAGAUUUUCUAAUUUAUCACUGAAAA